UGCGUGUUACCACUGCCAAGUCUUUAGAGUAUUGCUGGCGGAAAAAUAAAAUUAUCAAGCUAAGCUGUCACGCUAUGCUUGAGGAUGGUAAUUGUUCGAAGGCGCUUUCUGGAAGUUGGCGUGGCGCUGUUCCGAAAUCCUUGCACUGUUAGAGAUACUGCCAAAAUUUUCUAUAGAAGUAUGUCUAUGAAAGCACUUGUAAUUGAGGAGUUUGGUGACUCGUCGAAGCUGAAGUAUACCGAGGUGGCAAAGCCAGAGCCCGGGGAAGGAGAGGUUUUGAUUAAAAAUGAGAUCUGUGGCCUGAACUACCUGGAUGUUGUCAUACGAAAAGGGCUUAUACAGUCACUGGGAUCCAAGUUUCCUCUGACAGCGGGUGUCGAGGCUGCUGGGAUAGUGGAAAAGCUAGGUGCUGAAGUAGGUAGUGUGGCUGUAGGGGAGAGAGUAGCGUUUACGGUUGUUGGAUCUGGAGCACAUGCUGAAUUCACUAAAGUGCCUGCCUCAAGACUUGUAAAAAUCCCAACUGCAGUCAGCUUUGAACAAGCAGCUACAGCCAUGAUACAAGGAAUGACCGCACAUUACCUUGUGUACACAACUGGCCAACUGAAGCCUGGGAACAAAGUGUUGAUACAUGCAGCUGCUGGUGGGACUGGGUCCCUGGUGUGCCAAGUAGCAAAGAAUGCAGGAGCGUUUGUGAUUGGAACAACUAGCACCGAGGCAAAAGCAGCAAAAGCGAAGGAGGCUGGGGCAGAUGAGGUCAUCCUUUAUUCACAGAAAGACUUUGUUGAAGAAGUUAACAGGAUCACAGAUGGUAAAGGCGUGAAUGUCAUUUAUGAUGGAAUUGGGAAAACGACCUUUAGAAAAGGUUUCGACUGUUUGGCCAUCCAAGGCAUCAAUGUGUCGUAUGGAAUAGUUUCGGGACCUCCUGAUCCCAUCGAUCUCAACACCCUCUCAAAAGGGUCCUACUCCGUCUGCCGACCUUCCUUAUUUCACCACGUUGCCAAAGACGAGGAUCUCAAAUGGCGAAGUUCCGAAGUGUUUGACUGGAUCAAAGAGGGCAAAGUAAAGUUUGGUGAAUUUACAGUGCUACCUCUGUCGGAAGGAAAGAAAGCUUACGAGCUGCUGGAGAGCGGAAAGUCUACGGGGAAAAUAUUGAUUAAACCGUAAAGCUGGAAUGAAAUUCGCAGUUUUAGUCCAAACUUUUGAAUGAAAAUGGAACGUAGCUCUUUCUAGAUAUUUGAAAACCAUAAGAGAGUUUAAGGGUUUUUAGCUAGCUUCUUAGCGUGACCUCGAUGCUUUGAGUUUGCUGCAGUCCAGAAAAUGACGCAACCUGCAGCAGCCAAGAGUAGCAAACAUGCAUGUUUUUAGGGUUAAAAUCAUUCUCUUCUCCAGCCUCCGUUUCUUUUAGUCACGUAGUCAGCGAAAAGGAGGUAACAGCGAGUAGCACCGGGGACGAGAAUGGGGUAAAUAAGGAACCAAUCGUUUUGCGGUUUAGUGUUCGUGCUUCAGUCAAGUUUUGAUUGGUUCAUUGCGUCAUGUUCUUUUGUCGUGAUUGGCCCUAUGUGAUCAUGUGAUCAGCUUGUAGCAAAACGCCGAUGACAAGAGUCCUGAAGGUGAGCCGGAUCUAAUCCUUCGAAGAUAUCGAUUUCCGCAGUGAUGAUAUAAUCAUUCGGCUGAAGCUUUUUUUCUCUCUUGACAUAUACAUAUAGAUCGUUUUCACCUGACGUCAUCAAAUUCCAAAAUCCAAAACUAAAGAGCCACGAACAUUUUGAUCCUCAAAAGGCAUAGGGAGAUCUAAACUUAUAUCUGUUUACGACUCGGCUAGCUCGCUCUAAAACCAACCGGGAGCCUGUUCGCAGGCUAGAGUUAUGGCGGUGCGUGACAUACCGCUCCGAUCGCGUUUGUGGAAAAA